GGAAUUCUCCACACCACGUGGGGGCGCUAAAGUUUUCAUUUCUCAGGACUCCGUGGGCAGCGAUGCUAAGCUUCUGGGAGAGGUCCACAUGAGGUGAUGCUCCAUUUGUUUCGCUGCCCUCUCCAGAGGAUCAUUUUCUCUUUACGAUGGAGAUGUCCAAGCUCCUUCUAUUCCGCCAAGCAUCAUUCGCUUCAGGUCGAGGACUCCACAGAAACCCGCAUCAACCCCCUUAACAUCCAGAUGCUGUCGAGAAAUCUCCAUGAGCAGAUCUUCCAUGGGGUCGUGCCGGAGUACAGAGCGGCAGAUGUGGAGCGCAGCAUCAAGCAUUUAGAGAAGCACAAGCUGUGGGGGAAGGAAACCUCACUUCUUCCUGAUGUGCACCUUAAACUUCCUCAGAUGUAUGGCAAGAACAUCGAUGAGCACUUUCGCAUCCUGGCUGAAAAGCAGAGCCUUCCCUACCUUGAGGCCGCCACCAAGCUGCUGCAGGCGGAGCUGCCACCCAUGCCUCAGGAAUGGAGCUGGGAGGUCGGCUGGACGCGCUAUGAGCCUGGCGGGGAGAGUCAGAGAGUUGAUUUCCCAGAUGAGUCUGCCCUCGUUUUUGAUGUGGAGGUGUGCACGUCAGAGGGAAAUUGUCCUACACUGGCAGUGGCUUUGUCUCCGACCAGCUGGUACUCCUGGUGCAGUAAGCGUCUGAUUGAGGAGAGGUACUCCUGGUCCAACCAGCUGACUCUUGCUGACCUGAUUCCACUAGAAACAUCUUUCAACUCUUCCCGCCCUCCAGGGGGGCAGUGGAAGGAGAGGCUCAUAGUGGGCCACAACGUCAGUUUCGACAGAUCUUACAUAAAGGAGCAGUACCUUCUAAAGGGUUCAAAAGUCCGCUUCAUGGACACCAUGAGCCUUCACAUGGCCAUCUCUGGACUAACGGGGUUCCAGCGCACGCUGUGGAUGGCCAACAAGCUGGGAAAAAAGCGAGGUCUUCAGGAGGUCAAGGAUCACCUCAAGAAAGCUGGUCAGAAUAGGAAGGGCCCCAUGAUUGGCUCUUGGGACUGGGUGAACAUUAGCAGCAUCAACAACCUGGCUGAUGUCCAUGCCCUGUACGUUGGAGGGCCUCCGCUGCAGAAAGAGGCCAGGGAGAUCUUUGUGAAGGGGAACAUGAUCGAUGUCAGGAACAACUUCCAGGAGUUAAUGCAGUAUUGCGCUUUGGAUGUUGAGGCCACACAUCAGAUCUUCACAGAGCAGCUGCCCCUCUUCAUGGAAAGGUGCCCUCAUCCAGUGACAUUAGCAGGGAUGCUGGAGAUGGGUGUUAGCUACCUCCCCGUUAAUCAGAACUGGGGCCGGUACCUGGAGGACUCCCAGGAUGUUUACGACGAGCUCCAGGGAGAGAUGAAGAAGUCUCUGAUGACUCUUGCUGAUGAUGCAUGUCAGCUCUUGGAGGAUGACAGGUACAAAGAAGACCCCUGGCUUUGGGAUCUUGAGUGGGAUGUUCAGGAGUUUAAACAGAAGAAGUUACCCGUUAGAAAGAGGAAAAACUCCCAAAAAGCAGCAGAAACACAAACUUCCACUCCUCUUCCAGACUGGGAGGAUGAUCCAGGGCCUCCGUCUGAGGAGCAGCUGGAAGGCCCGUGUUCCAGCAGGCUCGUGGUUGAAAAACUCAAGGAGACAGCGAAUCAGCUUCCUAAGAGAAGACAACACCUGCCUGGACAUCCUCGGUGGUAUCGUAAGCUGUGUGAGAAGAUGUCUGAGGACAGCUGGUCACCUGGAGCCAGCCUCAUCAGCCUCCAGAUGAGACUAACGCCUAAGCUGAUGGGUCUGACGUGGGACGGGUUCCCCCUCCAUUACACAGAAAAGCACGGGUGGGGGUAUCUGGUGCCUGGACGCAGAGAUAAUCUAAAAUCACAGGAGGAGACCACGGGGCCCGUGUGCCCACACGGAGCUAUCGAGGGGGUCUACAGAGAGUAUUGUGAGCAGAACAGCAAGAAGCAGCCCGAGUAUCUGGACUCCAGUCCUUCAGAUGACCUCAUGUUGACCAACGCCACCGUCUGGGCAAAGGUGGAGGAGUUGAGCUCUUUGGAACGAUUCCCAGAUGAAUAUGGCGUCAAAAAUGGGACAAAAAUAAAAAUGUCCCAAGAUCCACAUCUUACCAGCAAGGAGAACUGUUGUCACUACCACCAUGGGGUCGGCCCGUACGAUGACGUCGACAUUCCAGGCUGCUGGUUUUUCAAAUUACCUCACAAGGAUGGCCACCACAACAAUGUCGGGAGUCCUUUUUCUAAAGACUUCUUGGCCAAGAUGGAGGACGGCACUCUGAGAGCAGGAAGGGGUGGAACCAACGCUACCCGGGCACUGGAGAUUAACAAGAUGAUGUCCUUCUGGAGGAACGCCCACAAGCGUAUAAGCUCUCAGAUGGUUUUGUGGCUACGGAAAGGAGAGCUUCCCCGGAACGUCAGCAGACACAAAGACUUUGAUGAAGAGGGCCAGUAUGGAGCCAUAUUGCCUCAGGUAGUCACUGCAGGGACGGUGACCCGUCGGGCCGUGGAGCCAACAUGGCUGACUGCCAGUAAUGCUCGGAGGGACCGGGUGGGAAGUGAGCUGAAGGCCAUGGUACAGGUCCCACCUGGAUAUCACCUGGUGGGAGCAGAUGUGGACUCCCAGGAGCUGUGGAUCGCUGCGGUUCUCGGAGAGGCUCAGUUUGCAGGCAUCCAUGGUUGCACGGCUUUCGGCUGGAUGACCCUUCAGGGGAAGAAGAGCCAGGGCACGGACCUGCACAGCCGAACCGCCGAGGCUGUGGGCAUCAGCCGCGAGCAUGCCAAGGUGUUUAACUAUGGACGCAUUUACGGUGCAGGGCAGCCGUUCGCCGAGAGGCUGCUGAUGCAGUUCAACCACCGCCUGAAUCAGACAGAAGCUGCCAGUAAGGCCAGGCAGAUGUACGCCCUGACUAAAGGAAUACGCAGGUAUCGUCUGUCAGAGGAGGGCGAGUGGCUGGUCAGGGAGCUGGACAUAGAUGUGCACAGAGAGGAUGAUGGAAGCGUCUCCCUGGAGGAAGUGAGGAGGAUCAGUAGACUAGCCUCACAAAGCUCCCGGCAAAGGAAGUGGGAUAUUGUUGGGAAACGCGUCUGGGCUGGAGGUACCGAGUCAGACAUGUUCAAUAAGCUGGAGAGCAUCGCCCACUCGGCCCAGCCAGCCACUCCGGUCCUCGGCUGCAGGAUCAGCAGAGCCCUGGAGCCCCGAGCGGUCAGAGACGAGUUUAUCACCAGCAGGGUGAACUGGGCGGUGCAGAGCUCCGCUGUGGACUACCUGCAUCUGAUGCUGGUGGCCAUGAGGUGGCUCUUCGAGGAGCACAGCAUCGAUGGGCGCUUCUGCAUCAGCAUCCACGAUGAGGUGCGGUACCUGGUCCGAAGCGAGGACCGUUACAGAGCGGCGUUGGCUCUCCAGAUCACCAACCUGCUCACGAGGUGCAUGUUCGCCCACGCGUUAGGCAUGCAGGACCUCCCGCAGUCUGUGGCGUUCUUCAGUGCGGUGGAUGUGGACCAGUGUCUGAGGAAGGAGGUCACCAUGGACUGUGCGACUCCCUCCAACCCCACGGGUCUGGAACGGAGAUACGGGUACCCACCGGGCGAGGCGUUGGACGUUUACCAGAUCAUCGACAUCACCAAAGGCUCUCUGAGCAAAGCAAGAUAAUGGGUUUGUCCGUCGGUCGCCAGCUGUGCCUCACGGUUUCCUCUUCUUCUGUUUGGGUUCCUGCGUCUCCUCCUGGGACGCUUCGGCCUGAUAAAACACGGAGGAACAAACCGGAAGUUAUCCCAGCGAUCAUCUACAGCAUCUCUGAAGAUGUUUGACUAAAAGCACCCGGAGUAGGUCAGCGAGUGGAAGAGAGGAAAUCCUGAGAUACUGUGGUGAUGGCAGCUCACACCCACCUCCGGAGCGUCCUCCUGCUCCUGCAGGGCGGCAUCCAGGGUCGCAGCGUUGAUGCGGAAAUCUCUGGAGGUGCUCAGCUUCAUGUACUGCAUCAGGUUCACCUGGAAAAUAAAAGGAGCCAACAUGGAAAAGGCUGACUGAAUCCUAUAAAUGAUAACAAGUCUUUUCUCUCGUUUGAAUUAUUAUUAGAUAUUCUUGUAAUAUUCAGUUCAUCCUUGAAUGUAACGCAGCUCACACACCUUUGAUUUCUUGGAGAGCAUGAUGAGGUACUUUUCGUACUGCUCGAUGCUGAAAAUCAAGUUCGGGAUGGCCUUCGUCUCACGCAGGAGCUUCGCCUACGGAAAGCAGGAGAACGACGGUGCGGCGCUGAUUUGCUUGAGUGUGCAGAUUUUUCAAUAAAAAGCUAAAACCAAAGUUAA